AUGAGUGCUUUGAAGGCAAUCGUCACUUUGGACACUGGAGACAAACCUGAAUAUAUUCACAUCUAUGAAGGAGAUGACAUCGAGAUGCUAGCAGAAUUCUUUUGUGACAGACACAAUAUUCAAGAGGAUGGCAAAUAAUUUAUAAUUGAUCACAUUAGAGAUCAACUAAAAUUAUAAGAGAAGCAAAUCAGAUAGAAAUUUGUGCCAUAAACAAAUACAUUGAAACAAUGUUAAUCAUAAGCAAUUAUUUAAAAACCAGCAUAAGUUAAAAAAAAUGAUUAUGAAGCACUUCAUAAUACAGUUUGGGCUUAGAUUUAGAAGAAACCAUCAACUGCCUAAUUGCAUUAGCGAAAUACAAGCAAUUUUAUAAUUCAAGGUUAGAAAUCAUAGGGAAAUUUGUUAUAAAAAAAAAAUGAACUGAGGAAUGCCAAAUGUGUAACUGAUAUCGAAUAGAAUAAGGAUUACAAAUAGCAACCAAAAAGAUCAAGAUAAGAACAAGUCGACUUGGCUAAUAGAUUGAUAUCUUAAAAGAAUGUGUCAGAAAAAAGAUUGCAAAAGCUGAGAAUCGAGUCUAACUCUCCUAUUGGUCAUGAUUUUAAACCAAAAAUCACAAAAGAUAAUAUAUAUAAGAAAGUAAGCAAAAAAAUAGAUUAAGAAGAUUAUGAAUUAGCAUAAUUGAUAGGAAUACCUUAGAGAAAAAAGUUAAUUGAGUUCGCAUAACAGAGGAUGUAAUUUAAACAGAAUCAAGAAAUUUUGAGGAUAAUAUUUAAUCAACUUGACAAUGAUAAGGAUGGACAAAUAUCCACUGAUUUUAUAAACUUAGAUGUUGAUCAUUAAAUUUUAGAAAAAAUCAAACCAGUUUUAUGUCACAUGGAAGCCUAACAUCUAAUAUUAGAUUUUGAAUCAUUUUCAAAUUUAAUGAAAUCUUUUCAAAUUUUGAUUUAUUGA